AUGAACCGUAUGCGCCUCCGUAUUGCCGAACGUCUCAAAGAGUCCCAGAACGCUGCUGCCUCGCUCACUACCUUCAACGAGAUCGACAUGUCUGCUCUUAUGGAUUUCCGCAAGAAGUACAAGGACGAAGUGCUUAAGGCCCACGACAUCAAGCUCGGCUACAUGAGCGCUUUCGCCAAAGCAUGCUGUCUUGUCCUCAAGGAGAUUCCCGUCGCCAAUGCUAGCAUUGACGGCGGUGAUAUUGUCUACCGCGACUACGUCGACCUUUCCGUUGCGGUCGCCACUCCCAAGGGCCUUGUUACACCUGUCGUCCGCAACGCCGAGAGUAUGACUAUGAUUGAGAUUGAGCGCGAGAUUGCGAAUCUCGGCAAGAAGGCCCGUGACGGCAAGCUCACCAUCGAGGACAUGGCUGGCGGCAGCUUCACCAUCUCCAAUGGUGGUGUAUUCGGCUCACUCUACGGCACACCCAUUAUUAACUUACCUCAGGCUGCUGUUCUUGGCAUGCACACGAUCAAAGACCGCCCCGUCGUCGUCGACGGCCAGAUUGUGAUUCGCCCCAUCAUGGUCGUCGCCCUCACAUAUGACCAUCGUCUCCUCGACGGCCGUGAGGCUGUCACAUUCCUCGUCAAGGUUCGCGACUACCUCCAGGACCCCGCAAAGAUGCUUCUGGCAUAG